AUGGCGCUAGCUGCAAGUGACCGAGCCUCUGCUUGGAGCGGCCCCUCGGACUGGCCCAUUCGCUUGCGACUAAAAGGCUUACAGGGAGAACAUGCAGAGUUCAAUGGAGAUUAUGUUCGGGAACAUCGACGUCUACCAGGUCUACCACAUAUUUUGGCCAUCUGGAGGUUGGAGAGUGGAUCUUCCGUUCUGUACCUGGAGCAGGCAGCUUGCUUGAUCCGUUUUGCACGGACCGUGAGUGAUGUUGAGCACAGGCGCUGGUUCCUGUCAGCCAAAAUGUCGGGUCCGCCCUAUGCCUGCCGCCAGUCGCUGUGGGCAGGGAACCUCUCUGAUUGGAUGUUGCAGGAGGAACCCGUCCAGAAGAUUUGCUUGCGACCUAUCAUGGGGAGGUGGGAGAACCUUGCUCCUGACUUGGGAAUGUCUGAACGGCCAGUGGCCAGGCAAGAUCAAGCAGCGGUGAAAGAAAAGUCUGACACUUUACCCUACACCAAGGGAAGGUGUCACCAGUGGAUGCAGAACGCUGCGGUGGCUGAACUUGUCCAGAACUGGAAGGACGAGAUUGAUGCUGGGGCCGAGCGAUCUGGAUACAACUGUGCUCAGGUCAAAGUUUCCCAUUCUUCAAAGAGAGACCGCUCACACCUCGCAGUCUCAACAUACCAGGCCGUGCUCUGUGAAGAUGCAAGUGAUACAUUGAUAUUACUUGGCACGAUAGAGGUCCGCGAGGAAUCCGAAUCCCUGUCACUCACCCUCACCAACUUCUCUGACAAGAUGUUUGUUGAGAUGCUGUGGGAUGGUUGGGCUGGAAAGGACAAGGAGCAAGGAAAACGUCGUGGUCAAUUUGGAGAUGGUUUGCAAUCAGCUGUUGUAGUUCUAUCACGGGAUCCAGGUGUUGACUUGAAAAUCUUCUCCAGUGGUCAUGAGUGGAGCUUUGAUUGGUCCUUUCCAAGUGAAGUCGCGAAGGCUCAUGGAAAGGAAGCACUACGAGUAACCACCAAGGCCAGCAGACAGAACCUCAUUGGAUUUGAUUGUGGUCGUGAUACUCGCAUUAAGAUCACCGGACUUCAAAAGCAAGCCUUUGAUGAGUCGCAGUUUCUCUUCCUUUGUCCUCCCUAUGAAGUGAUUUCGAACAGCUCGGGUGACAUUUUGCUGUCCGGCCAAUUUCGGGGCUGCAUGUAUGUGCGUGAGAUGAGAGUGUUGCAGCAUCAAGCCGCAGCAGGGGUUGUUUCAAACCGACAAGGGUUGAACAUCGCAUCUCAAAACCCUGGCCAGAGCCGAGAUCGCAUUGGAUUCCUGAGUGAUGCCGCCAAACAUCUUCAGACCAUCCAGAUUUGGAAAGGUGCGCUGUCUGGAGACAAUCAGAAUGUGGCCGAGUUGCUGUAUGAUGCUUUGAGGGAUCGUUCCUCCUUGGAGGCCCGGGCUUUCCAUCUGUAUGCAACCCAGACAGAUCAGAUACCCCCGGCGCAUGCCAAGCUGCUGGCUGAUGUGUUCGCCGCUCGUCAUCCAAAUUGUUUUGCCAUUUUGGAAACUGAUUACAGGGGUCACAAGAUCGUGACUCAGAAGCUAAAGAAGCAGGCCAUCAACAUUCCGCAGGAACUGUUUCAAGUCCUCCGGAAAAAUUCGGAGUUCAAGACGCCAGAAGAGUAUUGGAAAAUGCAACAGGAGCAACUAGCGAAAUCCGCUGAAAGAAUUCCUUGGACAGAAAAAUACCACUAUGCCGUGACCAUUUGUCAAGAGGCGCUGAGAAACCAAGUCUCCUACGAGGUUUCAUAUGACUCAGAUCCAGGGGAUGAUAUUUUCUUCAAGCUUUCAGGUGCCUUGCAUGACCGCAAGAUACUUGUUUCGAGAGUAUCUUCAGAUGGUCCUGCGAGUCGCGCAUUCAUUGGGAUUGGCAGUGAGCUGGUCGGGAUAGAUUUCCCUAGUGGAACUGAGCGUGUGAACGCCCAGCAUUUGAAGUCUCCUCGUUUCCAGGUCCUAGUUCGAGAGCGUCCCUUGUCGUUUUUGAACACCAUCAUGGGUUGGAGGUAUCCCUUCAAAUUGCAGUUCUUGCUCCGACCGGCGGAGUUGAAUGAAAAUCAGUUCAGCUUGGUGUGUCGUGAAGACUUGGAAGUCCCCUUUGUGGCACUCCCAGGCCGAAAUUCAAGCCUGCAACAAGCCAAAUUUGUCAUCAACACCGCAGGUUGCAAGUUUCAUGAUGCAGGAGAUUCCUACCAUUGCCCGUACUUUGCCACGCAAGGAGUUUGCUUUUGUGGAGUCGACCACUUGCUGACGGCAAUUCUGGAGGAGAUGGAGAAAUCUUUCAACAUCCACCUCAAUAAGAUCCAGAAGCAGUGGGUGGAUGUAGAGAAGAACAGGCUUCUUCGGAAGCAUGAGAAAGUCUACAAAGUGCAGAAAACACAGGUGGUGCUGCGCCCUCCUGGAACGGAAACAGCUUCUCAGCAAGGCUUCCAAGACGAGACAAUCCAGCGAAUUGUUCGAAGCUAUUUGUCUGGCAGUGUGGAGAACCUUUCUGAAGAGGAGCGAAAGAUUCUGUCCGCAGUGCGCCUGGUGGUUGCAGAAGUUGAGACGCAAAACUGGGAAAAGAGAGAAAGCAGUGACCCCCAGGCAGCUUUGCUGGGCAGCCAACUCAUUCAAUUUGCUUUGGCCAUUCAUGGCAAUAUCCACGGCCUGCCUGUGAAGAGCCAAAUGGAUGUUUACAAGAACAGGCUAUCAACGCGAGCGCUUGCAGUUGGUAGUCCUGAAGCAGGGCAAGAAGUUGAAGGUCGAGUUGGUCGGGUUGCCAUGCGUCGCUUGGAAGAUUACUCUAGGCUUCUUCAACCGCAUUUGAGUGCUGUUCGUGUGCCACCUGGCAAUCAAAGUCUGCUGGCGCUUAUGGAUGCUGGAAUCCAGGGGGUCACCCUGCAUGGUGCUCCAGAAAUGGGAGGCGCUCAUUCGUUCGGAACCGGCGAGGAGGGUGAGCCGGAACCGGCAGUCGUUGUGGAUGAUGAGGAUGAACCUUUUGGAUCAGCAUCUGCGGAGGACAAAGCAUUUCUCCAAUUGGUCCGAGGCAUUUUGCUGCAACGUGAACGGACGCAUUGGUCGACGCAUUUCUCAAAACUCACUGAAGAAAUUCGACGCCAGCAGGUCACCAUCCCUUCGAGGUUCCAAAGUACUUCUGGCUGGUGGUGGCUGAUGCAGAUGCUGAGGGAAUGGCACAGCGUGUUCAGGGUUGGAAGUGCCCAUAGUUCUGCAAGCAAUGAUACCAAUCCUUUGAUCUCGGUGGUGCCCAAGGAGACCCACCAAUGA